AUGAACUUUAGGAGGAUUUUCCUAGUCAAGUGCUUGCUGCUUUUAUUUUCCGGCAUAAACUGCUCCAACACCAACACUAUUUACAGAGCAGUGAAUGAGUCAGCUCUUCUCAGCGUUGCUGCUGCUGGGAGUGUAUAUGAUGCAGUGUGGUGGAGAGAUGGGAAAAAGUGGCUUCAGAUAAAAGACAACAACGUGAAGUACUAUGUGAGCAAGACCCACUGCAGGUGUAAGUUAUUUGUAAAUGGGACUCUGAAAAUAGAUUCAGUGGUGAAAGAGGACAGUGGAAAGUACACUGUGUUUGUUUAUAACCGGGAUGGGACACUGCAGGCAGAAAACUACACAGUGGUCAUCGUAGAGGAGCCUGUCCCUCAGCCAAUCCUCAGUGCUGAAUGCCUGAAUAAAACUGUAUCUGUCAAGUGUGAAGUGAAGCAGAAGCCUAAAGACGAAAUAUAUAUAAUUGAACUGACUCAUGGUAAAACCAAAAAAAUCCAGAAGAAUGCAACCAAGCUGGAAUUGCACACACGGUAUUCUGGGAUGUUCAAAUGUGUUGUCCAGAACCAAGUCAGCAAAAAAGCGACUGAAAAAACCAUUAAGUGCUCAGGCCAGCUGGACCUUUACCUCAUCUUAAGCAUAGCAGGAGGCGCAAUCUUCUUUGUCAUCUUUGUGAUUUUGCUUAUUUAUUGUAUCAGGAAGAAGAAAGCAGAAAGGCUUCAAAAUGAUGGUAAUUACAAAAUGGGAGUAAAAGCUCCUUUGUACACCACAAAAGUCUUUGUCAAGAUAAAGAGGACAAUGCCUGAAGGAAAUCUCAGCUGGUACCUCAAAGGUGUCACUGGCCAGGCUGACAACAAAGGUGAGCAUAACCAGUCCCUUGGCCAAGGGCUCCUGCUUGGGAUGCGCCUGACUGUGGGAUCCUUCUGUCGUGCGCAGCAGCAGCCCCGCCAGCAGCAGCAGCAGCAGCAGCCACUGCCCCCCCGGCCCAGGCCCCGCACUCAGCCCCGGACUCCAACCCACCCCAGAGAAAGGCCUUGA